GGAGCCACCUGGCGGCGGCGACGGGAGUCACCCACAACAACAAAUAUUGGUCACACUCCAUCACUCUCCCUCUCUCCCUCACUCUCCACCCUCCCUCCCUCACCAUGGCCUCCAAGAACCUCACCCACAUCUUCAUGAUCAUGAGGGACAAGGCCAUACAGAGGAGGAAUAUGUACAAGCGCGCCGAGGCAUAUUCUGAUCAAGAUUCUCUGGUGCACAGUGAAGAAUUAGAAAAUGGUUUCAGUGGAAUUGGAGAGGGCCAUCUUCCAGACUGGGCAGGCAUGGUAGAGGAAGUCCAGUACAAUAUAAUCACACUGAAAGAGAAAACAAAGCGAGUGGCAGCCCUACAGAGUUAUUUGGUGAGGCGACCCUCACUGGAUGACAAUACCGAGGAGGAACGUCAGUUAACGGCGCACAAUAAUGAAAUUAGACGGUCUUUGGAGAGAUGUCAGAUGCUGAUGAUUCAAAUCAAGCACAGUGGUGGCCGAGGACGAGAAGAAUCACUCAACAAAAAUGUUGUUCGGGCCUUAGGAUUUGCAUUACAAGAGGUGAAAAAUGAGUUUGUAACAACUUGUUCGGCAUUUACCACUUCUAUGAAUAACAUAAAGAAAACCAGCUCAUUUGUCCAUGAAGGAGGAGGUGAUUAUGACAGUGAAUAUGGAACAUUUGAUGGCAGCUCCAGUUCCAGCCAAAAUCAAGCUUGGACACAAGAGCAGCUGAUGUUCCUGGCCGACAACACACAACAGGUACAGGAGAGGGACAGAACUGUCCAACACAUAUUGCAGUCAACAGUUCAACUUAACCAACUGUUUCGAGAUGUGGCACAACUUGUGUCUGAGCAGGGAACGAUCUUAGAUCGAAUAGAUUUUAAUGUAGAACAUGCCGCCAUUAAAGUGGAAGAUGGUGCAAAACAGCUGAAGAGAGCGGAACAUUAUCAACGCAAGAACCGUAAUAUGAAGUGUAUUUUAGGUCUAGCAGGGAGUAUUAUUAUUCUUAUUAUUCUCCUUAUAAUUAUCAAAACUUAACAGUAAAUCUGACUUCUAACUACAUUAAUGUACAUUAUAUAGCUUUAUUUAUUUUCCUAAUAACUGUAUGUAAUUUACUUGUAUGGUAUACAGUAUAGUGUUCAUUUGAAUUUCAUUCCUUAAAUUUAGAAAAUCUUGUUUACAAUGUAUGUUCAUGGUAUUUUAGCUAAAUUAAUUUUGGUAUUCAUAGCAUUAAUGACCUACUGUAAUUAUAUAGAAGAUUAUGCAGAUGUUAAAGAUCUGUUAAAAGUCUAAAAUGUCUUUUAAAUUUAAAACAAAACAUAUUUUUUAAGUAAAUUUAACUUGUGAAAAGUUUUAAAUACAGUAAAAUUUGUGAUAUGGAAGAGCUGCUUAAGACUAAAGAAGCUGAAGAACAGUUUUGUUAAGGUGAGCAGCAUGGUCAUUGUUGUUGAUGACGGUGUGCUUGUGACUAGUCAUUCCCUCGUAUCAAGGUGCUCGCGCCGUACACCAACCUGCUCCGGAGUGAACAGGGUUUUAAUACUGUUUACUGAGACUUGGAAUAAAGCUUUAAAUUUGUAUGAUAAGGACAAAAAAUAGAACAUUGCAUUGUUCAUGCUAUGUUCACCACAGCUUGAAGGUCUAAUGAAGAGUUUACAUUCCAAUAUAAUGUCUAUAGAUCUGAUUAAAGGAGGUCUUGGUAUGCUCCCAGUAAACUUUUAUACUGUUAGUAUCCAUACUGUGGCUAACAUAAUGCAAACCUCCUAUAAUAAUCAUUUAUUUUUGUAAACCAUACUUCCUAUAGCAUCUAAUCCUUUGUCGUAAACCUUCUUUUAGCUACUUUACUAUUAAGGUAAAAUCAUAAAGGGCUUAAAAAAUAAUAUUUCCUUGAAAAUGUGUGACAGCGUAAAGAUAUUCCUUUGGCAUUAACGGUAAUAUAGGGGAACUUUCACAAUAAAACAUUUAACAGUGAGUUAAUAAAAUUCACUAUUUGCAACAUUCAAGGCAGAGUAGUAUAUUAAGGAUUUUGUUAAAUGUUUCAGAGAGCAACCUUCACUGCUUUGGCAGGUGUCAAGAGUCAGCAGCAGUAGUUAAACCAUUAGUUGAUGAACACACUAAAGCUGGGUUUGUCUUUUACUUAAGUGUAAAUAUGGUAUUUUAAAUCUAGAUACAGUAUAAAGACUUAACUUUUUAGCUGGAAAAAUGGCAAAUUACUUGUUUCACAUUUGUUUGGCAGUAUUGAGGCAUAAUUGGUACAGUUAGGUUGGAUCUAAUUGCUCUUGUUAGUUUUGGCCAAAGAAAACUGCAUUAAACAUAUCUAUCAAUCCACAUGUUAAGAUAAAAAAAAUAGAUUUUUAAACAAAUUGAGCUUGUUAGGAAACUGGGUACUUUUAUUUAUAUUUACACACACACACACACACAUAUAUAUAUAUAUAAAAUCAUUUUUUUUACCAGAAUUUACCCAAGGGCCACUAACACAUUAGUGGCCUAAUCAAAGCGAUGACAUAUAUAUAUUUACACAUACUGUGUUACGGUUUAUAGAAAACACACACACACCAGUCACUGUUCAAAGACUUCAUCCAGCUCUGAAGAGAUAGGAUGCAUGCCCAAGAUGCAGCAAACAUUUCUUCUCUGGAUUGCAACAUUAAGGUGCUGGAAAAGGUAGCUGUCCACUCUAGUCUCUAGUUUGCCUAACUAAUUCCUCACACACUUUCUUUAAGAUCUUUAGUGCACACUCACCCCAGGCUCCCAGGGUCUCAGAGUCUAUUGGCACAAACCUAUAACAAUGUUCUAGGUCGCUGUACUUAGUUUUCUGGGUCUCCCUGAAGGAGGCCGCCUCACCUCCCUCAGCUGUACUGUUAGGUGGAUAGGUAUCAGCCAAUGUAGGUGUAAAUGUGUAGUCCUUCACAACCUGUUUUCCAAACCUUUAUGGUUGCAGGGUAACUCCAUUUAGGCAUUGUUGUCAGGUCUGCACAAUUGAGAUUACCUUUGUGCUGGACACUUAGCUGUGGCCAAACUUUUCUUGAUGUAAUUGACUGCCUUGCAUCUGGCAGUCUUUCCCUCUGACUUUGAACAGAUGAGAUCAUGACUACCAACACACAGCCACAGCUACACCAGUGUUUGGUAGAGAUGGGCAGCAAGGCACAGGGUAAGACCAAUAUUUAGGGCCAGAUCCAGGUGGAUGCUGAACGCAAAAUUAGGGAUAGCAAACAGGAAGUCUCCAGCAUAAGGGAGAUACACACCAAGGAGGUGUGCUUUCGUCUUCCCACAAGCAGCCUUGCUGAGGCAAUGUUCUCCACUAUGGGGUUAUCUCAUUUCUGGCACUUACACUGAAUGGAACCCAUGGAUACUCGUCACUUACAAAAUAGAAACCAGACAUAACAUUUCUUCCAGACUUUCCCCAUGGCCCAAAGUGCAUAGAACUCAAUAUUCUUCAUCGGUUUAUGACUUUCCUGGGCUAUUUUGAUGAGUAAACUAGCCUGCCACUGACUUCAUCUUGCAUGUCUGUCUGUACCACUUCCAUAUUGUACUAUUUACUCUGCUCCUUGGCUUUACUUAUUGCCUUCAAAUGUUCUUCUCAAGUCAUCACAGAAUGCUCUCCAAGUUUUUUGCUGCAUCCAACAAUGACACAUUACCUACAUAUAGUAUAUUCAAAAUGAUGCACAAAUUUCAUAAAUUCUCCUGUUAUAUCCAGGGAUAUGGGAAUGAAUGCAAUGUAUUCAGGCCCCCAUGACAGUCAUGUGGGACAUGAAGCCCUCCACUGGCACCAAGAGUGGCCAGAGAGCAAACUAUGCCUUCCCCUCCAUUUGCUCUAAGAGCUUUAUCAUAACUUUUUUUUUUUGAAGUGGUAGCUUUAACUCCUGUACAUUAUCAUUAACUUCAUUCAGCUCACCCCUAAAACUUAAAACUGGCACUUUUGGAUAAGCUGCCAAGAAAGCAUGAGGUCAUCGGUAUUUACAUCAUAGUACAUCAUAAAUUUAUAAAUAUAUGAAAUUGCUGUGAGGUGUUGUCUUAUCAGAUGAUUGUCAGAAAUCAUGUAGCAAAUGUGUGUAAUCUACUCUUAGGUAUCCUAGUGUAGAUUAAUCAGAUGAGUAUGAGUGUGUCUUGGUGUUUUCAUUGAAGGCAGGUGUAAUGGCACUCCUUGUUUCAGUAAUAACAAUAUAUAAAUUAGGGAGUACUGCAGUAGGCUUGUUGGUCCAUACUGUGUAUGAUACCUUUGUAACUGUUUGUCUGUUAUGCUAAUCUGGCAGGCCAUUCCACUCGUUACAAUCCUGUUUCCAAACCAGUAUUUACUUGUAUCCAUCCUAAAAUUACAUUUCUCCAGCUUGCAUCCAUUGCUUGUGGACUGUUCCAGAACCCUGUCUGUAUCCCCUUAUUUAUGCCCCUUAACCCACUUGUAAACCUUGUUCAUAUUCCCACUUGUCUCUAGCGAGCUCAGGUUGAAACAUUCCAGUCAGUCUUCAUAACAAAGGUCCCUCAUACUAGGCAUGAUGGGCUUUGUCAUCAUUGUGCGUGUUCUCUCAAGCGAGUUUCUCCAAUCUGUACCACAGUGAUCAGAACUGCACGUCAUAAUCCAAGUAGGUUUUCAUCAGUGCUAGAUAAAGCUGGAGGAUGAUAUUUGUACUUUUACUGGCGAUGCUUAUUAUUAUAAAUCCUAGCACCGUUAUAUUUAUUUAGUGCACUGAAGCCUUGCAUUGCCUGCUCUCAGACUCUCAAGUUGCUCUCAGAAAUUUGAUCUACCCAUGACUAUUACUGAUGCAGUAUAAGGCAUUGCUAUCUUUUUUCUAUGCUAAGAAAUUUGCAUUUACCAUUUUUUCUUCCCACCAAUGGAGUUUGCAGUUCAUCAGUUUCAUCCAGCCAUUUUCUGAAUUUUUAACAUCUUGACACAAGAUUUAAUACUCGAGGUUGGCUAUCAGUAUUAAGCAGUUGAGUUGGUUGAUAUUCAGUCCUGGAAUGUGAUUCAGAAGUUUGAAAACCUUGUAGAAACAAGUGGGAAAGUGUUUGUAAUUUUUGUUACUUUCAUCGUUGCUUGUAAGAAAGCAGGUGUCCAUAAAGUCUUCCAGAAAUGGGUAUUUUAAUUCACAAUUUUGUUAUUGUACAUAAAUGUCAGUUACUUAAAUACAGUUUCAGCACAAACCAAACUAUAAUUUGUGCAUCAGAUUUAGUCGAGUCAAAUAGAGUACAAAAUUGCUUUACAAAAGUAAUUAAAAAAAGACUAAAAUUUUGUUUUUAAAUGUAAAUUGACAUACACAGUAAAUAGGAACUGCCUCAUAUGGGCUAGUAGGCUUUCUGCAGUUUCCUUUAUUCUUAUGUUCUAAUAUGAUGCAUGGUUAAAAAAAAAAAAACUAUAAAUAGGUAUGAGAUCCUGUGGCACUGUAGUCAUCAGCACCUGUUACGUAACAGCCAAAAUAUCUUGGGUUCAAUUACUGUAGCAGGACAGCAGCAUUUGGGCAACAUUUCCUCUCAACUGAUGCCUCUUUCCAACUAUCAGUAAAUAGUACCUCAGGAGUUUGACUACUGUUGUGGGUUGCAUCCUGGGGAAGGUCAGUAGUUGGUUUAGGGCGACAUUGAUACCUAAUAGGCUUCAUGUCCCUGGCCAAGAGAAGCCAUAUACUGUACAUACAAACUUACACAAAACCCAAUUAUAGUACAUUAUCAAUACAGGUUGAUACAGGGGGCAGACAGUGUUUGACUCUUUACUGAGGUAUUAAACAUUAUUUGUGCCAUGAAAAAAAUAGUUUAAAAUUUGAGCAUGUAAUGGAAUGUUCCUACAAGAUGGGUCAUGGAUCAAGUAACAAAACAAAAAUGUGGGAACCUUAAAGGAGUAAAACAUGAGAACACAAGACGUGGUUUAAAUAAAGCAAUGCUAAGUAUUUCAUUUAUUUAUUGUUCAAUUACUGUAAAUAUAUUUUACACAUGGUUCAAUUGUUAGGGUGAUAACAUUACUACUGCAAGUGUACUUGCAGUAUUGGUAUGCAUCAGAGAAUGCAAUGGGUAUUAUACUAAAAAGUAUAAUCAUAAACUUAUUAAUGUUAUACAUGGGCUUUAGAUUAAAUAGUGGAAAGUAAUUUAUAUACUUGUGCACACCUCUAAUUGGAUUUCAUAUUUUUGUCAUUUGCCAUAUCCUAUAUACAGUAUAUAUUAUUGUCCAUAUAGUUUCAUUGCUGUUCAGUAAAACACAUAAGCUAAGCAAUGCCACUGAGAAAAAUGUUCAGUAAACUUCUAGUUCUGCACAGGAUGUGUUCCUCGAGACCCUGGCCAAAACAUAAUGGUAUACUGUAAUUUUUUUUUUUUUAAUCUUGUGAAAAAAUUCAAUGUGUUUCAGGGUGAAAAAUUUAUUAAAUAAAUACAAAAUUAUAUAUAUAUAUAAUUUAAUAUAUAUAUAAUAUACAUACAGUAUAGUUAAUCAAGUUUAAUAUAAACUUCAUUCUGGCAUAGUUUCAAUUGUCAUCAGUUCUAUUAAGAGUGGUUGAAUUUAUGUAUUUAUAAUACAGUAGUCAUGAAAGCCAUCAUGUCCUUAAUGCCGAUAACUCCAUCAGUGUGCCACUGAGAAUUUAUCAUUUUAAACUGUGUAAAUUUUUUGCCUGUAUAGAUGUCAACGACAUUAAAUGUCACUGUGCAGAAGCAAGAGUACGUUACGUAUUAUAGUAUGAGAUGAUGUGGAUAAAGCAAAGUUUUGCAUAUUUUUGUAACAAAAAUUGUUGGUUAGUAUAGAUUAACUUUUUGUAUUUCAAUAUUGUAUUUCUAAACAUUUCUUAGGGAAAAGGUGUUUUAUAUGAAACAAAAACUUAGUACAGUACAUAUUUUCAUGUAAAAGCAAGCUUUUGCAGGAUAUACUAUUUGCAAUGUUUAUGGGGUGUCAAUGAGCUAUCAUGGUUUUACUUAAGUUUACAUUGUAAGCUAUUUACAACAUCCAAUACAGUCUAUGAGCACUAUAUAGAAGUAAUGAAACUAUUAAACCCAAUUUUUUUCACCAUGAAAAUUAAGUCUACCUACUACUACUGUAGUAUUUAAUAAGCAGUCUUCAACUUCACCAAGAUGGUAAACACAAUAUUGCUGCCAUCAAGCACUCCAGUCUCCCGCUUUCUCACUAAUUGUUAAUAUAGAAACACUUGGGAAAUGCACUUAAAUGGAUAUUAACAUUGCCAUUAAUAUUUUUGCUGAUGUUAAGCAUAUUAGGAGAAUUGAAUAUUUUGGUUAUAAAUUUAAAUGUGUAAAGUGCUUUAGGCAGGUAAAUUGGUAUGCAUCAGAGAAUGCAAAUAUGAUGCAUUUUAGUUAAAAGAUCAAGCAGCUGGUAAAGGAUAGAAACACACAAAGGUUUGGACACAAUUUAUUGUAAGAAAAUAAGGAUGAAAUGGGGACAAGAAUGGACACUAGAGGAAAAAGACAGGAGGGAAGAUAUAGUAGCUAAUUAAAUAUACUGAGCAUAUAGUGUUAUAUACUAGAAGGGGUGCCCAGUUCUCUCUCUCGUAUGCUCUCAGAAAAUGUAAUACCAUACUGUAUUAGGAAAAGAUAAACACUGCUAAAACACUCGUACAGGAAAACAAAUCUCCAGUUUGUUUUCAGACCACCAAAAUCUUAGGGGAUUGCAAUAUGCAUGUCUUAAUAUAAUCUUGGCUGUACUGUACACGAAUGUUUCCUAUUUUGAACUAACUGCAUUAUGUAACAAAGCAAAUUUUGGAUAGGUAACUCUCAGAGCUAAUAAGAAACCUCCAGUGCAUUACUACUGUGUUCUUGAUGUAUGAUAAAAAACAUAGGUGAUUAAUGUCCUGUAUGACCAUGGUGAAUGGUAUAUUUAAAUAUACAUAAUAAAUGCAUAAAUAUACGUAAUUUACGAGAA